AUCACUACUCACAUCUGUUCAGCACAGAAGCUCAUCAAUCAUGUUUUUGAAGUUACAUUGAUAGUUACUGUUACAGCAUUAUCUCUAAUGAUUAAUAUCGGUCCUUAAAUGCUUAGCGGGCAGGAAACGCAGUUUUCUUGCACAGUUGCAUCCAACAACUUAACUGCUUUUCCUCUCCUCAAUCUUCAUUCUGCCUGGUAUUUUUCUUCUCACAGAAAAAGAAGCUGAGUUUGGUUGAUGGGUACGGUUGCUGAUAGGAAAACUAGUGGUAGGAAUGGUGAAGGAAGGUAUUCAUGGGGUUUUGGAAGUUUGAUUAGGAGAAAGCAGGUUGAUUCAGUUCAUUUGAGGAGAGAAGGUCAUACUCAAUUGGCCAGGAAAUUGUCUGCUGUGGACCUCGUUGCCAUUGGAGUUGGAGCAACCAUAGGAGCUGGAGUAUAUAUUCUUGUUGGAACGGUUGCUAGAGAACACUCAGGACCUGCGCUUACUAUUUCAUUCCUAAUUGCUGGAAUAGCUGCUGCACUCUCAGCAUUUUGUUAUGCAGAGCUUGCAUGUCGUUGCCCAUCUGCUGGGAGUGCCUAUCAUUAUACGUACAUAUGUGUUGGAGAAGGGUUUGCUUGGUUGGUUGGUUGGGCUCUGAUUCUGGAAUAUACAAUUGGUAGUUCAGCUGUUGCUCGUGGCAUAACCCCAAAUCUGGCCUUGUUUUUUGGAGGGGAGGAAAAACUUCCUGCUUUAUUGGCCCGUCAUACUAUCCCUGGGCUUGGUAUUGUGGUUGAUCCAUGUGCAGCAGUGUUAAUUCUUAUUGUCACAGUGCUUUUGUGCAUUGGAAUAAAGGAGAGUACAUUGGUACAAACCAUUGUUACAACAGUAAAUGUCAGUGCAUUGCUUUUCAUCAUAAUAGCUGGUGGAUAUUUAGGUUUCAAAACUGGAUGGAUUGGAUAUGAAAUUCCCAGCGGGUACUUUACAUUUGGGGUCAAUGGGAUGUUCACUGGGUCUGCAAUAGUCUUCUUUUCAUAUAUUGGUUUCGAUUCAGUUUCCAGCACAGCUGAGGAGGUGAAGAAUCCUCAAAGUGAUUUGCCCCUUGGUAUAGCAUUGGCAUUGUCGAUAUGUUGCAUUUUGUAUAUGCUUGUAUCUGUCGUUAUUGUUGGUUUAGUACCAUAUUAUGACUUGGAUCCGGACACACCUAUCUCCUCAGCAUUUGCAAGCUAUGGGGUGCAAUGGGCAGUGUACAUAAUAACAGCUGGAGCAGUUACUGCUCUGUGUUCAAGUUUGUUGGGUUCACUUCUUCCUCAGCCACGAGUUCUGAUGGCAAUGGCUAGAGAUGGAUUGUUGCCAUCGUUCUUUUCAGACAUUAAUGAAUGGACCCUGGUUCCAGUGAAGAGCACCAUUACAACUGGUGUCUUUGCAGCAGUUCUGGCAUUCUUUAUGGAUGUUUCACAAUUGGCAGGGAUGGUUAGUGUGGGUACACUGCUUGCAUUUACCACUGUCGCGGUUUCAGUUUUGAUACUUAGAUAUGUUCCACCGGAUGAGGUGCCACUUCCAUCAUCACUUCAAAAGUCCAUUGACUCAAUGUCAUCAAGGUGCAGUGAUAACAUUCAGGAAAUCAACGACAAUAAUCUUAAAGAUCUUGCUGGUUCUUUUGGGAGCAAAGGGGAUGCAUUACUUAGAAAUCCUCUAAUUGAAAAGGGGGUAGUAGCUCAAGAUGUGAAUGCUCCAUGCCAUUCAUGGAGGAUAGACUACAAUGGCAUGUGUUCUUGAAAAACAAAGACAGUUGGCAUCGCCACUGAUUGGAAAGAAACAACCUUUUGGCUUACCUGUUACCUUCAAUUCCAGUUAAAGGCUAUCCCACCUCUCAAUGCCACCCAGUUGUUUACUUCUCAGUGAAAAAUAAAAUGGUAUGCGGCCAAAGUGCUUAAAUUUUUUUUGCAAACUUUGUGUUGAAUACCCGAGGUGGUUUUUUCACACAGCAUCAAAGUUGUAUGGUGAAAUCCAAUGAGAAUCAUGAACAAUAAUGCUGUCAGGUAAUUUGCUUGAGAGAUACUUUAACUAAUGAAAAUUGAAAUGAGUUUAAAUGUAUUUAAGGUCUUAUAACUCUUUCAGAUGGUACAAUAAUGCUGUCAGGUAAGUUGCUUGAGAGUUUCCUUAAAUAAAAUGAAAAAUGAAAUGAGUUUAAAUGCGUUUGAAGGUCUGUAACCCUUUCUAAUGGUUGGAAAGGCUAGGAGAGGCAUCAGACCCUUACCCCCAUAAAGCCUGAUAAUACUUAUAAAUCUUGCAAUGUAUAUCAACAGAUUAUCUUUAUGACCUAUCAACAUUUGAGAGAAAAAGAUUAGAGAUUUUUUAAAACACAUUCUUUACAUAAAUGUGUUCAAAUGAAAAUGAAAGGUGCAUCCUUAUUUCCUUUUGGUUAUCAAUCAGUUGAAUUAAAUUACACGUUGAACUUCAGUGGUUUCACAUCUGUAACUAAUCCAGGGAAUGGAGGGUGAUAUUAGUGAUACACCAUGUGCUGGGUCACAGUUAACUGCCACCUCGUUAGAUGAUCCCUGUCACCUAGUUAGAUGAUCCCAGGUUCUCCUAAUGGUCAUGAAUAAAUUUUCAAGGUGGAAAAAGAUCAGUCCCAUGUUCCACGUAUGAACACUUCUCCACUUUGUGUGAGAAGAGAAAUUGCCUGUAUGAAUAGAAUAUUAUGAGUAGUUAUGAAAAGUUGAGUCCAAUCAGCACUGCCUAAAGGUUUAUAUGUAAGCUUGAGAUUCUUGGCCAGAGUCCUCUAUUAUGGUUACUACUUAGCAUUUCCUUUCAUAGAUGUAAUAACCUGGUUUAUGUGGUGGGAUCUUCUACUUGAUGGUGAAAGUACACAAAGAAAGUACUUACCAUGUGAUGAUGCAUUGUUUUAUGCUUUUUGAUUAUAAAUAUCUAUUGUUAGGGUCAUAUUUAUUAUGUGUUGGCAUAUACUUUGACAAAAUGCACUUUACUUGUAGUAGAUCUAAAAUGUGUCUAGAAUAUCAUGAAGUGUGUUAAGAAACCAAAAUAAGUGUAUCAUUGAAGACAUGAAGAUUGAACCAAGAAACAAGUAAAAAAAAGCUGAAAAAGCGAACCUCGACACAAGCAUCUAUCAAGAUUAAAUGAUAGACCUCAACACUAGCUCGACAUCUCUCGAUCUAUCGAGCUAUGCAGAUGCAGAAUUCUAAGAUCAGAAUUUCGGCCCAUGAUGACUUGGGUUAUGUUUUGUUUACUAAACUCCUAGAGGGUAUAAAAGCUUUAUUUUAAAAGUCAUCAAAGAUACAGAGACUCAUAUAGAGAACUCAUAUACUUUUGGAGAAGCUAUUGCGUUCUUGUGCACCUUAGAGUUUUGUAACCAAGUGUUUUCUGUUCUUCAACGUGCUUUGAAGUGAAGAACUUUGCAUCCAACAACAAAUAUCAGUUGCUAGGAAGUUAGUCAUGUAUUGGGAUCCAUGCAAAGGGAAGAAAUCUCUACAAGAUCAAGUCUAAUUGAGUAUUGGAAUGAAGGUUCAACAGUAGAUUGGUAUUUUGGGAUAGGCUAGGGUAGUGAUAAGAUUCCUUGUACUUGUAACUGCUUGAUUAU